AUGCUCAGACCCGCAGCAAGGUCGCUAGGACUUCGUGCGCCUCGAGCGCAACAGCUCGCGCUAUCCGCAGCGCGGUCGCAAAGCCCCUGCUGCUCUUCCAACACCAUUGCCUCUCCUUCACACACUCAAGCACCGGCUCAGAUUCGUACAUAUGCUGUCAGUCCGACACCAUCAAAUAGAGCGUCAAGCUCAGCACAGCCUUCAAGCUCCAAAGCAACGGUUCAGAGCGAUGCUCGUCACUCCGCGUCAAGCGACGAUGCAUUCUACGGCGCUUUCCCACCACGCACCCACGCCUGUGGUGAGCUGCGCGCCUCGCACGCAGACCAGCAAGUCAUCCUCACAGGCUGGCUGCAAUCGUCUCGACAAGUAUCCAAGCAGCUCGGUUUUGUGACGCUCUUCGAUCACAGUGGCUCCGUCCAGCUCAAAGUUCAGCCCACGUCGUCAUCGCCGCAGCUGCUCGAGUCAAUAUCCUCGAUACCCGUGCAGUCCGCCAUUAUGGUUCAUGGCAAAGUAGCACUGCGACCAACACAGGACUCAAAGACGGACCAGUCGACCGGCGCAAUCGAGAUCCUCGUCGACGACUUCAUCCUGCUCAAUCCUGCUACACGGGAGCUGCCUUUUCAGCCCUCCGACUCGGUGCACGCCGACGGCGUCCCAGCUGAGCUCCGCGCUCGUUACCGCUACCUCGAUCUGCGACGACCAUCGCUCGCCAACAACAUCAGGCUCCGCAGCCGCGUCACACAUGCAGUCCGCAAUCAUCUCUAUGAUCAAGGCUUUCUCGAGAUCGAGACACCAGUACUGCUCAGAUCGACGCCGGAAGGGGCGCGGGAGUUCCUCGUGCCCACCCGGGCAUCGUCCGCAGGCGCGAACGCCUCCAACGAACCGACCUUUUACGCACUACCACAAUCACCCCAGCAGCCGAAACAGCUCUUGAUAGCAUCAGGCGUGACGGACAAGUAUUUUCAGAUCGCAAAGUGUUUCCGCGACGAGGAUGGACGCAAGGAUCGCCAGCCCGAGUUCACCCAGAUUGAUCUCGAGAUGGGGUUCGUCAGUGGUGGGCCAGAGGCGAGUGUAGAAGCUUCAAUAUCAAACCCGAAGACGGACGAAGAAGGUGAUCAGAUUGACGCAAGAGAUGCCCAAGGCCAAUGGAGGAUCGGCGGCCAUCAAGUUCGGGACGUGAUUGAAGGUCUCGUAAAGCGCAUCUGGGAGGUCGCAGGCAGAGGCACUCUCCCAACUCGCUUCCCUGUCAUGUCGUACUGGACGGCCAUGACUCGCUUCGGAUCUGACAAGCCAGACUUGCGAUAUGGAUACGCUCUGCACGACAUCUCCUCCGGCUUUGUCUCCUCGUCCGAGUCAGAUCUGCCGAAGGGUGAAGCUGCAAGCGUCAGCCUCGAGAUCCUGCCGUACCAGCAUCACGCCGCCGGCUCGCUCUCCAAGAAGGAGCUCGACGGCCUUCUCUUGCCUUUGAAAGGCAAAGUCGAGCGCUUCCGCAUCGCGUCCAAGGACAACGUUCACGAGCUAGCUGCGCUGCUGCUCAAGAAGAGCGGAUUGACGCGAACCUUCCUCGCGCAGCUCGAUGACGAGCUGUCUGCCUCCGAGGUCGACGUUGAGCACCUCGCUUCCACUCUGCGAAGCGCCAUCGCUUUUGAAGCGCGUGAGUCUGACUCGGAUCAGCCAGUCGACAUCUUCGUUUCGCUGCGCGCGAACCCUCCGGAAGGCGGGAGCACCGCCCUUGGUGACGUGCGCAAGCUUCUCGCUGCCACCCUCGUCUCCAAGCGCCUCCUUGCGUUGGAUGGCGACGCCUUUGCGUGGAUCACCGAGUUUCCGCUCUUCACACUCGCCGAUGAGGACAAGAACGCACUCUCCUCCUCUUCCGGUCGAUGGCAGUCGAGUCACCACCCGUUCACCGCACCUGUCGCCUCCGAUAUCCCACUCCUCUCCUCCCCCGAGUCGAUAGCGUCCAUCCGCGGGCAGCACUACGACCUCGUCCUCAACGGUCAGGAGAUCGGUGGUGGGUCGGUGCGCAUUCACUCACGGAAGCUACAGGACCACGUCUUCGAACACAUCCUCAAGCUCGAUCCGUCGGAACGGGCGAGGUUUGCACACCUGCUGCAUGCGCUGGAUUGCGGUGCACCCCCGCACGGCGGAAUCGCACUCGGGUUCGAUAGGUUGAUGGCGAUCCUGUGCGACGCCGAGAGUAUCAGGGAUGUCAUUGCGUUCCCCAAGCAGGGGUCGGGGGUGGACCCGCUCUUUGGAUCGCCUGCGCCGCUACGCGAGCCCGGGGAGACUCAAACCGACGCAGAGAACCUUCUGAGGAUGUACGCCCUCGCCAAAUCCACACACAAGUAA